CCACGGAGGCCGCGUGCACAGUUGGCGGCGUUGGUGCAGCUGGUGCUGGUGCGCCGGUGCAGCAGCCACUUGCUUGCUGGAACUUGGCAGCAUUUGCGGAUAUUGCUGUUGUAACCUGAGUAUGGGUAGGCCGCGGAUAGUUAGGACUCCGGAAGAGCAACGUGAGUAUGAAGCGCGACGACGGGAACAAAGCCGCAUCGCUCAACAACGCCGUCGUGCCUGCGCUGAAGUUCGUGCCCAAGAAGCCGAGCGCAAGCGUCUAGCCAGGCAGGACCCAGCUGUUCGCGCCCAAGAAGCCGAGCGCAUGCGCCAAGCUAGACAAGACCCUAGAAUUCGUUCCCGAGAAGCUGAGCGCAAGCGUCAGGCUAGGCAAGACCCAGCACUUCGUGCCCAAGAAGCCGAGCGCAAGCGUCAGGCCAGGCAGGACCCAGCUGUUCGCGCCCUAGAAGCCGAGCUCAAGCGUCAGGCUAGGCAAGACCCAGCAUUUCGUGCCCAAGAAAACGAGCGCAAGCGUCAGGCCAGGCAGGACCCAGCUGUUCGCGCUCUUGAAGCCGAGCUCAAGCGUCAGGCCAGACAAGACCCAGUAUUUCGUGCCCAAGAAGCCGAGCGCAAACGUCAGGCCAGGCAAGACCCAGCAAUUCGGGCUCUAGAAGCCGAGCUCAAGCGUCGAGCCAGGCAAGACCCAGCAUUUCGUGUCCUAGAAGCCGCGCGCAAGCGCCAACGACGUCAAGACGAUGCAGUGCGUGUAGGGGAAAGCGCAUACAAACGACGCAAACGCUAUGAACAGAAGUUGGCUAACGAAGAAAAUGAUCCUUAUGACAGUACAGAUGACGAAUUUGAGACACAGUUUGCGGAUCAGAAGCAUGGAUUCACUUGCGAUGCUUGCGAUCGAUGGAUUGAAGAGGACUUGACGGUCGUUGCAAAUGUGAAAAGUGAACCAGUGGAAGAAAACGUGUCGAUUCCGCAAAGUGCAUUUCCACGCACCGGUGUUCAAAACUUUAAAGUGUGUGAUUCGUGUAAAAGCUCAUUGGACAGUACAGUAAGGAGCAUCCUCAAAAGUUCUGCCUAGUGCCGAGCAUCUGCAGUGUGACCUUCAGCAACUGCACGUCACUACAAUGCCAGUGAUAAUUACACAUUCUACCAUUCCAAGAGAAAUCCAGAUCAAUCCUUGAAAGAUGAAUUCAGGUGCCUAGAAAAUAAUUGACUGUCCACAAUUGCUGCAAUUGUGCAAUGAAGUACUCGAUGAGUCACACGAUGACAUUCAUGGCAGUCAAUGCUGGUUCACUGGCUCUCCACACAUGUGACACUUGACACUUACACUUGACAACAUUCUAAGUAGGAUGUACCUCAUCUAUGCUUCUCUGUAAUAUGUGCCCAUGAGUGCCGGAAUAUAACAGUAUUGCAAGUGUGAAGCGAAUUUCCCAUUGCGAACUGCAGGCGUGGAUAUAUAUGCUAAGCAUGCAAGUGGCAACAUUGUACAUAUCACCUAACACUUGCCAAUGCGACAUAGAAACAUUAAUGUGCCAGUACUUCACACGGGCGAGAACUGAUGGUACAUCAGUCAUCACUGUGGGAGGCUUCAACAUUGACAUUUUGAAAGCAAAGAAGAAAUAGUUCAUUUACAAUGAAGUUUGUCUCUUCUGCCACACGAAUUAAAAGUGUCCAGCCACAGCGCAUUUCACAUGCAUCGACUUGACCUUGUUCAAGACUUUUGAUAAAGUGGUUACGACGGGACAUGUUCUUGUGUACUGUAGUGAUUCCAAAGCAGUUGUCAUUCUUCUUCAAUAUAAGUAUUGUCAACGUUGUAAUCCAGGAUGUCACGUUCGAAGCAAUGAAAAACUCAACAUAGAAUUAUGUGCGUAAAGAAAACUUGAUUACAUCAUCUAGUGAGCACAUAACCUUAUUGGUGAUAGAUCGGCUGCUCGGCCUGCCAUUUUGUUUAGACAGUGUGAUGAUGAUGUUCCUGUAGCAUAGUACGGUAGUAACCACAAUGGCCCAAGAACUGGCCAGACAUACUUUCAAUUACACAAUAACCUGAUAAAGGAAUAAUUCCAAGUAUUGUGCAUUUGGGCCCUUAGUUGAGACAUUGAGGUGAACCUUUAAGGAAUAAAUUAGAAUACUGAUCGUGGAAUGAACCAAGAGAAGAAAUUGUAAAAAGAAUAUUAAGAAAAACAAGAAUCGGCAAUAUUUAUACGUACGCUUUUUCUUGCUUGGAUAAAAGCACCAAUGGCAUCAAUUGUGUCCCUUUGGCUGACUCCUAUUUAAAUGCUUUAGUGAUCAAAAUUCUGGAUUUCAGGGAAAUAUUUUAUCUUUCAUACUAUUUUCGGUCAUUAUAUGGAAUUACAUAUUCGCUAUGUACGUUCAGGCUUUCUAAUCGCCUCUGUGUGAUCCAUGUGGUGUAAAACUGGGGUCAGUGUGGCAGAAAAAAAAAAAAAGCCGAUUUUGCUUCGAUUUUGCUUCGGCAAGAUAUUCAGCUCAUAUGAGCAGAAAUUAGAGCCUGCAUCGUUUUUGUUAGAUGCCUUCGUGAAGGUGUCUAUUUUGCCAGCUUCUAAUCUAGCGUCAGAACUGGAAUGAGACUUCUGAUGGCUGCUGCCUACUUAGAUGUCUCAUUACGGUAGCUGUUGUACACCCAAAUGCAUGCUGCCAUGAUGCACAAAACCCCGGUAUGGUGAACUAGUAUUCUAAUUCACUCAAAUCCCUUUGACUACUAUAACACUGACCAUGGUGGUACUUAAACCACAUGGACAAAUGCUGAAAGUUUUUCUGUAUAGAUCCAUCAACUUGCUUCUCGUUUCUCGAAACAGCGCUAUGAGUGCACCCUCUGAAAUUGUGCCUUUUGCAAAUGAAAUGUGUGUUGAAAUAAGGUACACAAUUUACAUUGCCAUCAGCACAACUCCUUGAGUCAUUUUUAGUUUUACAAUCGAGACUAAUGUUUGUUUGUUUUUCUUUCAAUAGAGGAAUUGUUUAAGCUUGGCAGAAAUCUGUUGUCUCACAUAAACUGGUUGAGUGAGGAAGAGCCACGUUAAGAGAGAGGGAGCCCAGCCUAGCCAUGCCAAGGCACGCAAAGCCUAGAAAGGAGCACAGCACAUGAUUAAUGCAGUAGAGUUAGAGAGCUCAUUUUGCAGCAAUUCCGGUGUCGGUGUCGUUGGUUGUAAGUGAAAAAUAAGUGUUGUCCGUGAGUGAAAAUUCGAGAUAGGUGCAAAUAAAGAAAAUAAAAAUCUUUGG